AUGGCGGCUUUUCAAGAUCCGACCGCUAAGAAGAGUUCAACCACAAACGCAGGCGGCGGACACUGGUUAAAGGAGGAUGUCGCCACGUUCGACGCCUCAUUCUUCGGAAUCAACCCUGUCGAGGCAAUUGCCAUGGAUCCACAACAAAGACUGCUUCUCGAAGUUGCAUACGAGUCCUUUGAAAACGCGGGUUUGAGUCGAGAUGCCCUCUGGGGUUCCAACACGGGUGUGUUCGUCGGCCAGUGGAGUUCCGACUACCACGAGAUGAUGACCCGUGAUACGGAAGACCCCCCUCAGUACCUCGUCACCGGCACGGGUCCGGCGAUAACAUCCAACCGUAUAUCUUAUACCUUCAACUUGCGCGGGCCUAGCUUCACGGUCGACACGGGCUGUUCCUCAAGCUUCGUGGCCCUGCAUCAGGCCGUGCAGAGCUUACGCCUCGGUGAGACAACCCAGUGCUUUGUCGGUGGCGUCAACCUGCUGCUAGAUCCGCAACGCUUCCACUACCAAAGCCGCUUCAAGAUGUUUUCGGCCGAAGGGCGGUCUUUUUCAUUCGACUCGCGCGCCAACGGCUACGGUCGCGGUGAAGGGUGUACCGGUGUCAUGCUCAAGCCGCUCACGGCAGCUUUGCGCGACGGAGACAACGUACGGGCCGUGAUCCGGAGUUCGGUCCUCAACCAGGACGGACGCACCCAGGGUAUCACCCUGCCCAGCGCGGCGGCGCAGCGCGAAGCCAUCUUGAAGGCGUACCAGCAGGCCCAUCUCGAGCCCUUUGCCGAUUACGUCGAGGCCCACGGCACAGGCACUAAAGUUGGAGAUCCGAUCGAAGUCAGUGCCAUAGCAUCGGUGUUGUCCCAGGGCCGGGCCUCUCGGCGGAAGCUGCCCAUCGGCUCGGUCAAAGGCAACAUUGGUCACCUCGAGGGCGCUGCAGGCCUCGCCGGGUUGAUCAAAUCUGUCCUCAUGCUGGAGAACGGGGUCAUUCCGCCUCAGGUAAACUUUAAAAAAGUGAACCCCGAGAUCUUACUAGACGAGUGGAACUUGAGGAUACCACUGCAAGCAGAACGGCGGGCCCUGCGCAGGAUUUCCGUCAACAGUUUUGGCUAUGGCGGAACCAACGCCCAUGUGGUCUUGGAUGCGGCUGCCGAGCACCUACAAGCCGUCGCACCGUCGCUGCGCCGAGCUUUGUCCUGGGCGAACACGACAAAAGCCCCCCGGGUUUUCAUCCUCAGUGCGGCCAGCCAAAGCUCAUGCCAGAGGAUGUGCAAGCGGAUAGCCAAAUAUCUCGUAGCGAGCCAACGUCACGGACGGGCGGUCGAGCCAGACCUGUUGCUCUCCCGGUUGUCAUACACGUUGAGCAAGCAUACCAUGCUCCCCCACCGCAUCGCUCUCGUUUCAUCCGAUAUGGGCGACCUGGUGUCGCAGUUGCUAAUGGCCUCAUCUGGCCCAGUGCCGCCGCGAGAGAAGAAGAACAGCAGCCGAAUCGCGUUCGUCUUCAGCGGCCAGGGUGCACAGUACGCCGAGAUGGGCCGGCAGCUUCUCCAAAGUCGUCCCGCAUUUUUCCGGGCUCUGGAGCGCGCCCGCGCACACCUCUCGCGCCUGGGGUGCAAAUGGGAUCUGGUGAGCGAACUGUGCCGUCCCAAGGCGGAAUCGCGCAUCAACGAACCCGCCUAUGCCCAGCCCCUCUCGACGGUUGUGCAGAUCGGCCUUGUGGAUUUGUUGGCGGAGCUCGACAUCUUGCCGACGAGCGUUGUUGGUCAUUCGAGUGGCGAAAUUGCCGCUGCCUAUGCAGCCGGGCUUCUGUCGUUCGAAGACGCCAUGACGGCCGCGUACUUCCGCGGAACGUUGACGGACCAGUUAAUAGUGACAAAUAAACGCGACAACACCAGCGCCGGCGCCAUGAUCGCGGUAGGUGCUUCGGCAGCGGCGGCGGAGCAACUCAUCAACAAGAUCGGCGGAGAGCACGGACGGAUGAGAGUUGCAUGCGUCAACAGCCCGGCCAGCGUCACCGUGUCUGGAGACGCGGCCGCUGUUGACCAGCUUGCCGUGGCGCUCGAGGCUGAGGGAAUUUUCAACCGCAAACUCAUGACCAACGGUGCGGCGUACCACUCCCACCAGAUGGAGCCUCUGGCGAGUGACUAUGCAAAGCGCCUGGAGGGCCUCAAACCCAGCGCGGUAGGCGUGUCGUCGGUUCGCAUGUUCAGCUCAGUGACCGGCCAGGAGAUCGGACAUGAAACGUUACUAGAUGGUAGCUACUGGGUGCAGAACCUUCUGAGCCCAGUUCUCUUCUCGCAAGCCGUCAAGCUCAUGAGCGAAGAACGGUACGAUGGUGAACCAAUUGAUACCAUCGUCGAAGUCGGAUCCCACUCGCAACUAGGCGGUCCGGUGAAGCAGAUCCUCAAGACUCGCUCCAAAGGUCUCGGUGACGUGGCUUACACGCACACCCUGAAGAGGGGCAGCGAUGCCGAGGAGUCACUAUUGCGAUGCCUCGGGUUCUUGUGCAUCCAAGGGUCGCCGAUACGCGUUGCCAGUCUGAACGACAGCGCAAACCAGCAGCCCGAGACGCCGGCGCUCCUGGCUGAUCUUCCUCCCUACCCGUUCGAUCACAGUCGCAGAUUUUGGCACGAGAGUCGCUUGUCAAGAGACUAUCGGGCACGACCCCAUCUUCCACAUGAGCUCCUCGGCACACUGUCCAUAGACGUUAACCGCGUCGAGCCCCGUUGGCGGCGGUUCCUGAGUCUCAAGGAAACUCCAUGGCUGCGAAAGCACAUAAUCCAGGGGCAGAUUGUGUUUCCCGCAGCGGGAUAUCUGACAAUGGCAGUGCAGGCGGCACGGCAACACUUGAUGGCAACUUCUCCCACGACUCAUGCUGAGGCCAUCUCGCUCCGUAACGUCAACAUCGGCAAAGCGCUCGUCCUAUCAGAUGACGAGGCGGACGUAGAAAUCUCGCUCUCGCUUCGGCCGCAGGCGCGGACUGCGCGCGAGUCGUCGGGCGUCUGGAACGAGUUCCGCAUCUUUACUGUGGCGCAGACCGGAGAGUGGACGGAGCAUUGCCGAGGUUUGGACGAACCGGCAUAUGAUGUUCUCGUCUCCAGCAGGGGUAAUGAGGCCACCGAGAACGGCAUGACCCUGCACGCUCAAGGUAUUCGCCUCACGGCCUUGCCAGGUGGCGUCGGUGCUGGCCAGGCAACACGGGAACUGGGCCAUGACACGGAGUGGGUUACCUACUCCGAGGCCUGGACGCCGCAGCACCGAGAACGCAUUUGCAAAUCCGUGGUGCCGGCAGCAUCGAUGGUGACUCAGAAUGAGAUCCUCGACGCCUUGACCUUCCACCACAUACAAAAAGUUCUCGGUGAGGUGUCUGUCGACGACAUCGCCGAAGGCAGCUAUUUCCGCCGGUACUUUGAGUGGAUGCAGACAAUCGCUAGCCGCGAAUACGAUGCCUCGCUCAUCUCGGGCGAGGAUGGUAGCAACAUGGGAGCGUUUGGCGAGGCCAUUUCCCGCGUGGGAUCCCGCCUCCCUGAGAUUCUCACGCAAAAGACGGAGCCUCUGGCCCUGCUCACGCCAGGUAACCUCCUAUCUCGGCUCUACGCCGACGAGCGCUGCCUACGCUGCAACUUGCAAAUGGCAGCGUGGUGCAAGGAGUUGGGCCUGCAGAAGCCCGGCCUCCGCGUGCUCGAAAUCGGCGCUGGCACUGCAUCCACCACCCUUCCAAUCCUGGGUGCGUUGAAGGGCCGCGUCGGUCGAUAUGACUUUACGGAUGUGUCUCCCGCCUUCUUUGAAAAUGCCAAGAAGAGAUUGGGGCCAUUAGCGGAGUCUGUCGAGUUCAAAGUCUUGAACGUCGAGAAAGACGCGCGACAGCAGGGCUUUGAGGAGGCCAGCUACGAUCUCAUUAUCGCCAGCAACGUCCUCCAUGCGACACAGCGAAUUGACGAGACCCUCGAGAACGUCCCCGCAGAAGCAGCGUUGGAAAAAGCGAGCUCGCUUUUGUCGCAACACGAAGCCCAGCUUAGCCCAGUGACGGUUUCUGUUAAGGAGCUCAGUGCACCGCCCCAAGGGGGGGGUGUAGUUGUGGUUCUCCCAGAAAUUGGCAGGCUGCUUCGCGACAAUGUCGACACCAAUUCUUGGUGCGGGUUCCAGAAUUGGGUGUUGAACGCAAAGGCGGUGCUACUGGUCAGCCAAGAUAGCAACGCAGACGCAGUCGAUCCAGGGGUUGCUGGGCUUUGGACCGGAUUUGCUCGUUGCCUCCGUCUGGAGCACCCCGAGAUCCGCAUCGUCACCCUGCAGCUCCAGCACCCGAAUGAUAGCGCACCCGAGCAGCUUGCUGCAAUCCUCCCAACACUCCUGAAGAGCCCGACUUUCGAUCUAAGCCGAAGUGACAACGGUGAGGUGGAGUGCGAGUUUGCCGUGAGAGAUGGUCAGCUCUUCGUUGCACGCCUCAUUCCUCGUCCCGAGAUAACGGACUACGUUUACCGAAGCGGCCAGUUGGCUGAGCCCGAGCAGGCCCCGUUCCUGAACAACGGGCGUACCCUCACGGCAGUGUUGGGCAUCCCGGGCUUGCUGGAAACUCUCCGUUGGAAGGACGACCAGGACGCACCGGCUGUCGGUCCCGACGACGUCAAGAUGGAACUGCGAGCGGCGAGUGUCAAUUUCAAAGACGUUCUCAUUGCGGCCGGUCAGCUCGAGGGCAUCACCGAGAUGCGCAACGACUGCAGCGGUGUUGUGGUCGAAGUGGGAGCCAACAUGCGCGAACGAUUUAAGCCAGGGGACCGCGUCUGCGCUCUCUAUUCGCGGUCCUACACAAAUUAUCCGGUGGUUCACGGUGAUUGCUGCCAAAUUAUCCCAGAAACUAUGUCCUUUGAAGAGGGAGCUUCACUGCCCAUUGUGUGGUCGACGGUGUAUUAUUCGCUGGUGGAGAUGGGCCGGCUGAAGCGCGCGGAGAAGGUUCUCAUCCACUCCGGGGCGGGCGCCGUUGGGCAGGCCGCGAUCAUGCUCGCUCAGCACAUUGGGGCCGAAGUCUUCGUCACAGUCGGCAAUUCUGCCAAGCGUGAGCUGCUGCAGGAUGCGUAUGGUAUUCCCGCGGACCACAUCUUCUCCAGCCGAACCACUGCCUUCUACGGGGCGAUCAAGCGCCUCACUGGUGGCUACGGCGUGGAUGUUGUUCUCAACUCACUCAGCGGGGAGAUGUUCCGCGAGUCGUGCAAUUUGGUCGCUCCUUUUGGCCGUUUCGUUGAGAUUGGGCGGAAGGACUUGAUGGACGAUGCGAUGAUGCCAAUGGGCUUCCUGCUCAGAAACAUCACCUUUGCCUACGUGGAGCUGACGUUGAUCAUGGAGAACAACAAGCCCCUUGCCAGACACAUACUCCACUCCGUCGCAGACCUUGCGUCUGCCGGCCAUAUCCGAGCCGUGCCCUUAACGGUGAUGCCCAUCUCUGACAUUGAAUCAGCUUUCCGGCUCAUCCAAGCGGGCAAGCAUACGGGCAAGAUCAUCCUCAAGGUGGAGGAAGACCAGAAAGUCAAGGCAGUGCCUCCAGCACCCAUCCCGGCCAGGCUAAAAGCCGACGCAACAUACGCAGUCGUCGGUGGUUUCGGUGGGCUUGGGCGUGCCGCUGUCUCGUGGAUGGCGAGCCACGGGGCGCGAAACAUUGUCUCGCUAUCGCGCUCCGGAGCCAAGGACCAGGAUAGUCAAUCUUUCAUCCAGGAGUUAAGUGCGGGAGGCAUAAAUGUUGUGGGAAAGGCCUGCGAUAUAGGAUCCGCGGAGCAGAUUGCCAGCCUCGCGCAAGAGCUCGAGAGUGCCGGGAUGCCUCCGAUCCGCGGCAUUAUCCAGUGCGCCAUGGUUCUCAAGGACGCACUCUUCCAAGAUAUGACGGCAGAUGAAUGGAACUCGGCUCUCGUACCCAAAAUACGCGGAACUGUGAACCUCGAGACGGUGCUGGGCGAUGACCUGGACUUCUUCAUCAUGCUAUCCUCGACCGUCACCGUAUGGGGGAACAUGGGGCAGUCCAACUACGCAGCGGGGUGCGGCUUCCAGGACACGCUGGCACGUCAACGCGUCGGACGUGGCCGGCCAGCUUAUUCCAUCAACGUUUGCUACAUCACCGAUGCGGGUUAUGUCAGCGAGAACCCGGAAGUGGCCGAGGCGCUGCGGCGGGCGGGGCUGGGAGGAAUGUCGGCAGCAGAGCUCCUCGCCGUGGUGAGCCGUUCGGUGGACCAUCCUCUGGAAGGCGGUUGCAUGGUCGGCGGCGUGCAGCCGCACAGCGGCCCAGGCGCGACCUGGAUCAGGAAGCCGCUAUUUGCUCACCUCGCGAAGCGCGAUGAGGGCCCGCAACGAGAGGAAAGCGAGACGGCCGACAUCGCAACGCUGCUCGGCGCGGCUGAAAAGCUUGACGAUGCCGUAGAGAUGAUAUGUGAGGCGAUUCUGCAGCAAUUGGGCAAGCUAAUGGCAACGCCCGCCGACACACUCAGCGCGGCUCGGAGUUUGGAUAGCUAUGGUGUCGACUCGCUUGUCACGGUCGAGCUACGGAACUGGAUUGGCGCCUAUCUCGGGGCCAACGUCCAGCUGAUGACACUGAGGGGUGCGAGCAGCAUUAAUGCGCUGGCUAAAAUUGUGGCGAAAGAGUCGCGGUUGGUGUGUUUUGAAGUUGCGGAGUAG